CUCUCUCCUUCGCACCAAAUUCGCGAGCCCGUCACUGCUAUUUCUUCCACACUGGCAUUAUAAUUAAUAUUAUUGGCAUUUUUAAAGCAAUUGUUAAUUAAAAAGAGAGCAGUGUUAGUGUUAACAGCGUGAGAUGAGUGAAACAAUCAACACCGCAGAGCAGUUUCCGACCUUUGAAAAGCCGACUGUGCAAUUCAACGAAAAGGGCUGGGGACCAUGCGAGCUGCCGGACACGUUUAAGGAUGUGCCAUAUCAGCCGUUCAGUAAGAAUGAUCGUUUGGGCAAGAUCUGUGAUUGGACAAGCACGUCCAAUAAUGACAAGAAGUAUCAAAACAAGUAUGCCUCGACAUUCGGCACUGGCAACCAAUAUGCCUACUACCAUGAGGAGGACGAGACCACGUUCCAUUUAGUGGAUACGGCACGCGUGCAGAAGCCACCUCAUCAACGCGGACGUUUCCGCAAUAUGCGCAAUUCACGUUCGGGACGUGGACGUAAUGCUCGUGGCGGUCUUAAUACGCACGGUGGCAUGACUACACUGAAUAGCAAGAAUGUUAAGCAACGCGAUACACGUCGCGGUGUUGGCAAACGCUUUGGUAAUCGUGGUCCUCCACCAAAGAUGCGUGAAUCUUCCGUAGCCGUUCGCGCCGACUGGGCGUCUAUUGAAGAAAUGGACUUCCCACGUUUGAUGAAGCUGUCGCUGCCUAACAUCAAGGAGGGUGAGGACAUUGCAACCUGUGGCACAUUGGAGUACUACGAUAAGACGUACGAUCGCAUCAAUGUAAAGAACGAGAAGUCACUGCAGAAAAUAGAUCGCAUUGUGCACACUGUGACCACCACUGAUGAUCCGGUUAUACGUCGUCUGUCCAAGACCGUAGGCAAUGUGUUUGCCACGGACGCUAUACUGGCUACCAUUAUGUGUUCUACGCGCUCGAAUUACUCUUGGGAUAUUGUGAUCGAGAAAGUUGGCGAAAAGAUCUUCAUGGAUAAGCGCGAUCAUACGGAAUUCGAUUUGCUGACGGUGAAUGAGACCAGCGUGGAGCCGCCCACGGAUGAUGAUAGCUCCUGCAAUUCGCCUCGCAAUUUGGCUAUUGAGGCUACUUUCAUAAAUCACAAUUUCAGCCAACAGGUGCUGAAGACCGGCGAUCAGGAACCCAAAUACAAGUUUGACGAGUCCAAUCCGUUCAUCAGCGAGGACGAGGACAUUCAGGUGGCCAGUGUGGGCUAUCGCUACAAGAAGUGGGAGUUGGGCAGCGAUAUUGUGCUGGUUGCGCGCUGCGAACAUGAUGGUGUGCUGCAAACGCCCAGUGGCGAGCAGUUCCUAUCUAUUAAGGCGCUCAACGAAUGGGACUCCAAGCUGGCCAACGGUGUUGAGUGGCGCCAAAAGCUGGAUACGCAACGCGGCGCUGUGCUGGCCAAUGAGCUGCGUAAUAAUGCUUGCAAACUGGCUAAGUGGACGGUUCAGGCGGUGCUUGCUGGCUCUGAUCAACUGAAGCUUGGUUAUGUGUCGCGUAUUAAUCCACGCGAUCACUCGCGUCAUGUUAUAUUGGGCACACAGCAGUUCAAACCGCACGAGUUUGCCACACAGAUCAAUUUGAGCAUGGACAACGCUUGGGGUAUCUUGCGCUGCAUCAUUGAUUUGGUUAUGAAGCAGAAAGAUGGCAAAUAUCUGAUUAUGAAAGAUCCCAAUAAGCCAAUUAUACGCUUGUACGAUAUUCCCGAUAAUACAUUCGAUUCGGAUGACUCGGAUGCCGAUGAGGGCGAUGAUGGCGAAGGUUUCCAGCAGGUCUACAACUAUGCCAACAACAGCAACAAGAUUUAGGCACGCAACACAACUUGGCCGUAUAUAAACUGAAAACAACAACAACAAUAACUCUAAGCAAUGCUUUAUUGCAAAUAUUUUAUAAUUCCAUCAGUCGUUGACGUUGUGUCUUUGCAACUGCAACAUAUUUUGAUUAAAGCACAGUGGAAACCGA